AUGGCGAGAACAAGAGCAACCAAGUCUGCCCCGGCAGCAAAGUCUGAGACGAGCACUACCUCAUCAGCGACCAAACACACUUUGCCAGAGGAAUCGUCGAACGCCCCCAAGCUAUUCAUCAUCCCGAAGAGGGCGACCAAGGACGCUCGCAUUGUCUCCCUUCCCAAUCCCAGAUACUCCAAACCUACCCGCUACCUUCUCUGCCCCGAGACCGGCAUUUACGAGUUCACAAAGAUCGCGGCGCCAAAGACGACCCCCAGAAGCUGGAUGAUCGAGACAUCUGCUGGUACGCUGGAAGAGUCCAACGAGAAUGACGAGCCAAGACUCCAGGCCCAUGUCACGAACGGCGCCGAUCUUUUCGUCGCGACACCAAUUGAUCCCGUCUUUCUCCUUUUGCCAGGUCUGUUCGGUCCGGCCAGAUCAACCGAAACGAAACGCCUAUUCCUCUCCAGCGACGACCACUUCGACGCCGUAUCCACAUCGUCAACCCACAUGACCGAGGCUUUGCGAUGCCCAAAGACCCGAACGCUCCUCGAGUCGCGUAUGGAGGCAAUUUGCGACACUGUCGAUGCCGGCGAUGAAAAGAUGUACCGACUGAGCGAGAAGAAGCUUGUGAACGAAAUCCUCUCGAAAGCGCGGUCGAUGAGUGCCAACGGUCUUCCGGCCAGCAUGGAGGAUAAGUUCGUGAAGAAGGCUCUGGAGGCACCCAUCCAAGUACAAAGGUCGCAGGCUGUGGUCGCGGAGGUCAAGCCUGCCGGAGAGGAAUCGGCGGAGGGAUCCGGUAGCUCGACACCCAAGAACGAGUCGGGAGAGUCUCAAUCUUCUGCGUCGACAGCUGACAGCACGCAGUCCACUGCUUCAGGCGCUUCAACUGCUGCUACCUCAGUCACAGCAGCCGUUGAGGAGACUGUGGUCAGCGCCAUGCAGGCCUCUGACGAGGUUACCGGACUCCAGAGACUCAAAAUCGCUUUCAGCUUCAUCUGUUCAAGCUAUGUGGCGCCGGGCAUGACUUCGGUCCUGAAGCCGUUACUGGCUGACAAAGAGACAACGAACGUCGACUUCACACCCCUUGAUGAGUACCUCGCCAAGCUCACUAAACUGCGAGCAGAGGCUGCUGCGUCCAGAUCCAUGGCGGAUUACUCACGGAAGAGAAUGCUGGACGAGGAGGAGGAAGAGGCGCGCGCCGAGAAGAAGAGGAAAAUGGAGGAGGAAAAGAAGAAGAAGGCCAGCCAAAGUCGUGGAAUCAAGGCUUUGGAGAAAGUCAACACCAAGGGCAUGAAGAAGAUGAGCGACUUCUUCAAGAAGAAAUAG